AUGCUGCACCCACCUACAUCCACCGUCAUGCUGCACCCACCUACAUCCACCGUCAUGCUGCACCCACCUACAUCCACCGUUGUGCUGCACCCACCUACAUCCACCGUCGUGCUGCACCCACCUACAUCCACCGUCGUGCUGCACCCACCUACAUCCACCGUCAUGCUGCACCCACCUACAUCCACCGUCAUGCUGCACCCACCUACAUCCACCGUCAUGCUGCACCCACCUACAUCCACCGUCGUGCUGCACCCACCUACAUCCACCGUCAUGCUGCACCCACCUACAUCCACCGUCCUGCUGCACCAACCUACAUCCACCGUCAUGCUGCACCCACCUACAUCCAACGUCAUGCUGCACCCACCUACAUCCACCGUCAUGCUGCACCAACCUACAUCCACCGUCAUGCUGCACCCACCUACAUCCACCGUCAUGCUGCACCCACCUACUUCCACCUUCAUGCUGCACCCACCUACAUCCACCGUCAUGCUGCACCCACUUACAUCCACCGUCGUGCUGCACCCACCUACAUCCACCGUCAUGCUGCACCAACCUACAUCCACCGUCGUGCUGCACCCACCUACAUCAACCGUCGUGCUGCACCCACCUACAUCCACCGUCAUGCUGCACCCACCUACAUCCACCGUCAUGCUGCACCCACCUACAUCCACUGUCAUGCUGCACCCACCUACAUCCACCGUCAUGCUGCACCCACCUACAUCCACCGUCAUGCUGCACCCACCUACAUCCACCGUCAUGCUGCUGCACCCACCUACAUCCACCGUCAUGCUGCACCCACCUACAUCCACCGUCAUGCUGCACCCACCUACAUCCACCGUCAUGCUGCACCCACCUACAUCCACCCUGCACUACAUCCACCGUCGUGCUGCACCCACCUACAUCCACCGUCAUGCUGCACCCACCUACAUCCACCGUCAUGCUGCACCCACCUACAUCCACCGUCAUGCUGCACCCACCUACAUCCACCGUCAUGCUGCAGGUUGCACCCCACAAACUACAUGUUUGUCCAACCGUCGAUCAGAGAAGGAACAGGUUCUUGCCAACUAG